AUGUGCAAAAGUUUAGGUAUUGCAAUCAUUGUGGUGGCGUCUAUCGCUUGGCAAGCACAUGGCGCUGUCAACUGUACGGAGACUGGAGCAGGACGCUUCGCUGAUCCCGCCGACACCACCUGUCAGAACUACACUCUUUGCGUAUACGUGAGCUCAACUAAUACCUACUUAGCGUACAACUACGUGUGUCCAACAUCAUCAGUCUUCAACCCGAACACGGCGCAAUGUACAGCUUCAAGUAAUUACGUUUGUAACGUUUCUACAUCUACUAAUAACACGACCACCUCAUCAGUAUGCACUGCCGACGGAUACGUUGCCGACCCGAGUUCAACGAAUUGCACCACUUACAUCGAAUGUGUCCAGGUCAAUGGAACGUUUACAGAGACUACGUAUACAUGUCCAGACGGUACGUACUUCAAUCCAAACACCACUCUGUGCGAGUCCGACUACAACUGUACUACCACAGACUCUACGUUUAGUUGCACAGCGGCUGGUAGAUUCGCCAACACCGCUGACACUACUUGCCAGACGUAUUAUUUUUGUGUACUAGCUAAUAACGGUACUUAUGUUCAAUAUCUGUACACUUGUCCUACGACAUCUGUCUUCAGCCCUACGAUUAGCAUGUGUACCACGUCUUAUACUUGUACGAAUUCCGGAUGA